CCACACUGUUACUGAUUUCAAUCCAAGCAAUCCACGAAACGCGAUUAUACGAUUACAGCUGAAGAUAGUGCAGUGCCUCGACUAGUUACGUACUGAGUGCAUGAAACCCCUAGCAACAACAAAGUAAACACAGUGUGAUUGUUAUUUUAUCUCCCAAACCUAAACUGUGAUUCUGGUUUGGUUGUUACUAAAUUUAAAACCACAGUGGACAAACGCAUCAAACAAGUGGCAUCUGUUUCUAUUUACAAUCAAAACAAACAGCCUACUGAGGGUUGCUGUCAUUAAUAACAUGCUCAUGGCUUGUUACUAUAUUGAGAAGAGCUAGCAAAGAAAGGCGUUGGCGCUUAUCACGACACUUAGACGACUGAACGGGACCGCCCUUUGGAUUGUGUGUGCUCCAUGUGUGUUAUUAUUUUUUUCUUACUAUUAUUAACUGGUACUUGCCCGAUUCGUGUUGACCCUUAACCCGUGUGCCGGUUGCGUUUUGAAUGUGUACUUUGGAACUCUACUGGAUCGAUUUCAUUUUCAUCUUCAACAAAAACUGCUCCAAAUCGACUGAACUGGCGAACCGUUGGAGCAUUCUUCUCUGCUGUAGAUUGAUCAACGAAAGAAAACGCAAAGAUGCGAUCCGCUUCAAUCAACCUAUGCAGUACCAUGCUGAUGAUUGUGAUGCAGGUGACGCUGUGUUCGCUUUUCGUAAAUCGAAUCCACGCGUCACCCUUGCCUGCCCCGACCAGUACUGGUAGCAACGGAGACGGACUGCUACAUCACAUGACCCGAUCCCGGUACUGUGGCCGAAAGUUGACAGAAACGUUGGCAAUGCUCUGUCAAGGACGCUACCCAAUGAUGAGCCAUCAUCGAUCAGAAUACCUCUCCGAUCAGCCUCAGUCGCAGGUCGAAGUUGAAGUGGCUACCCUGCCGGACAGCGGUAACCACGGUUUUCCGUACUCCCGAUCGACGGCUCACCGACGGGUUCGCCGCGCCGGAAUCUACGAUGAAUGCUGCAAAAAGAGCUGUUCCUUCGCCGAGCUGAAGAGCUACUGCGAAUGAUCUCGCGCCUUCAGUUGUUCAAAGUUCGGUGCCGGGCCCAAUGGACAACGCCGCGUAAGGCGGGGUCCAACCUCUUUGACCGCGGGAGUGGCUGAGAGAGCGGCAAUGGCGUCGAAUGCGGCGGCGGCGGAAGCAAUGGUGUGUGCACUUGCGCGCGGAGACGAAGGAGAAGCGCACACCUGACUCUGAUGGGUGGCAGGCUGUUUAGGUAACUCAUGGGGCCUACACACGCUACAACCUUGCAAAUCUUGCAUGUCUCGAUUUUCAACCUGAAGAGGUUUCUGCAAUUUCCCAACACACAAUACAAGCUGUUGCCCAACCUAUUCAUGUCCUGAUUGUGCAACUCGCCUACGCAUACUGAAGCCAGUUGAAAAAAAAACUUGGACAUCGCCUCUCGUAAAAUCAAACCGUACAACCAUGUUCUAGCGUGUGUAAACCCCAUCAGGCGCGCACCGUCCACCAAAAGGAUGAACAUCAGCAAAACAAUCACACGUGCAUUCGAUUUUUUUAACACACACACACACACGCAAACAUCGGUUUAAGGCCAUCAUUAGCUCUUAGGUAGAACAUUUUACAAAUCGAACAAAUUAAGACAAUAUGCACCAAUAUGCAGUGCCUUCGCCUUGAAAGACUCCACAAAACAAAUCGAGUUGAGCUUUCAAGGACAACUGAAGCAAAUUGUGACUGAAGUAUUUAAAACUCGGAAAAUUUUAGCUUGUUAUAGGACUCAAACGUGCAUUUCUGUGUUAGGAAUCUUAAUCCCAUUUUUUAUACAAUUUUAUAAUGGCUACUUUUUAGGACAUUUUUAUCAUGCCUUCGCUGACAAAAGACAAGCUGUAUUUAUAAUUUUUUCGGAUAUUUUUACCCAAACAUAGAAACAAAAAUAGUUUCGUUACAGUAAUGCAAACAUAUAUGUAUACGUUAAUCAGCUAAUCUAUUUAUUAUGUGGUUUGAAACAGUAAGCCCCUUUGUAGUUAGUCUCGAAAAGCAGAACGGUAAGCAAUAUUAACCAAUAUUAAAAUUUAACUCAAUUCCCAUCCAAGUACUCAAACGUAACCCAACCGUAAGGGGUGUUUUUAGCUUUCUGUUUUAAUACCUCCCCCCACCCCGUCUCUCCGUUUAAGAUCGUUAGUUCGUAAGCCAGCGUCUCUUAUUACCGAAUGUGAUCGUAUCGCUAUUAGGCAGACAUGCAAGCGAAAACAAACAAUGACAAUGCGAAAUUAAACGAUGAUUGAUGAUUUUUUUC